AUGCAGCGCUGGACCUUCCCCAGCUUUCGCUUUCCAACCGCAACCCAAGCGUCCCAAGCCCCCGACGCUGAUCCUUCAGCAUACCGCCCCUCCCCCACCCAAACCACCACCGAACGCACCCUCCGCUCCCGAAUCAUCAAACAAAAAGCCACCAACAACCGUUUACGCAAAAGCAUUGCGAAGCUGGAAGCCAAGAGCGCUUAUCUCCGUCGUUUGAAGGAGUUGGAGAAGGAGGCGGAGAGACUUGAGAGGGAGGGGAAGGAACUUGCUAGACGGGAGGAGGAGGUUAAGGGGUUGGUUGAGAGGGAGUCGGAGUUGGUGAACUUGGACUUGGAGAUUGAAGGACAUGUGGAGGUGGAGGGUUGGGGUGGUGUGAAGGGUGAGAACGAUAACGAGGUUGGCGUUAGGGGAGGUGGAGUUAGGGUCAGGAACGGAGGAAGGGAGGAGUCGGUUAGGAAGGAGGAAGACGGCUCCGAAGAGCGAGAGGAAGUGGUUGGGCGGAUUAAGCGGGAGCAUGAGAGUGGUUAUGAGGACGAGGACCAGGCCGAAGUGAAGUACGAGGGAAAGGUGGGGGUGAAGGCCGAGGCCAUAAAUUCUCAGAACAAAUGGGUUGAGGAGAUCGAGUUGUUGAAUGGUUCUGCGGCUUGGAAGUGGUUGGACCCUUGUUUGGCGGUGGAGAUCUAG